AUGACGUUGCCAUCUGGUGGCGGCUCUGGCCUGCCGCGAAGCUCAGACUCUCCAUCCAACAGCUUCUACGCCGUGACAGAUGACGAUGAGGGCGCAUACGAUACUAUUACACAUACAGAGACUGGAAAGGGUGUGAAGCUGCUAUUUUCUAAAAGCAAGGUCUAUGUACACCCUUCGCCAUCAUCCAAGGACAAUAUAUCUGGCUACAUCGCCCUACUGCAGCAGAAGCCAGCCAUUGGCGGUGCCUCAUCCAACGAUGCCUCCAACCCGUCCGCCGCCGAUCUCCUGCUCGCCUGGGUCCCCGAAACCUCUCUCGGUGACUCGGCCAGUAUAUAUGUCAAAGUCGAUCUAUCCGAUGGCGACUCAACGCCCCGACAAUCCUAUCUCGUUCCUCCGCCGCCGACAGUAACAUCGCAUAGCGGAUCCGUCGGUGCCUACUCUUUUGCCGUGCCAGUCAGUGCCAUUUACUCGCUGUUGGUGCGGCCACCCAGCGUCGGGUGGUGGCACGGCUCCAUAAUCAUCAACACCAAAGCCGGCGACAGCUUCCCAGCCUUGUUCUUCCACGACAGUGAAUGCCAAAGCACCAUCCAGCAAAAGAAGAGACUCACAAAGGACACGUUUGACCCUUUCAGUGAUACUGGGAAAAUGUUUUGGGGUGCAGAUGAGGUGCUCCGUUGGCUAAGGCGAUAUGUCAAGAUUGAAAAGUCGGCCGCGGAACCCAACAUUUACCUGAUUGAGCCAAGUAGUGACGACUUGAAUGCGUUUGGAUCAACCCCAACGACUGUCAACAAGGGCAAAGGCACCGCAGCCGGUCAUGAUGCCGAAAUGGACCCCUUUGUAAAGUUUGUCAAGGAGACGGGCUGGAAUAUCAUGGAAAAGUUCAGCCAAGUGACAACUUUUACUCGAAGAGCAGCGCAAGAUCUGGUUGAAAACCCGAAUAUGCCGCCUCAAGUCAAGAAGCUGCUCAAGAAUACCGAUGUUCAAAACCUGCAAGACGAAUAUGACAGCGCGAGAAUAUACCUAGCUCGCUGGGCUAUGAGUAUUUCUGAGCAAAGUGAGCGCGACAAGAAAAAAAAGAUGUAUACUGUCAAGGAUGUCCUCGACUUGGAGGAUACAGAUGUUGGAGAGUUUGAGCUCCUUGACGCUGCCAGUUCUUUGUCUCUCGAGGAGCGUCGCAAGCCAGUCACCAUGACGGAAUGGAAGACAUUCUUUGAUCCCGAGAAUGGAAGACUAAUCAAGACGACUGACGAGGUCAAAGACCGCAUCUUUCAUGGUGGUCUAGAUGCCGAUGACGGGGUACGCAAGGAAGCUUGGCUGUUCUUGCUUGGCGUCUACGACUGGUACAGCACUGCAGACGAGCGCAAGGCACAGAUUGCAUCCCUUCGCGAUGCCUACUACAAGCUGAAGCAUGCUUGGUGGGAGAGACUCGACGGGCAUGGAGGUGAAGGCGAAACGGGGGAAUGGUGGAGAGAGCAGAGAGGCCGCAUCGAGAAGGAUGUCCAUCGCACGGAUCGCCACGUCCCCAUCUUCUUUGGCGAAGACACCCCCCAUCCCGAUCCCGACUCGCCCUUUGCGGAUGUAGGCACCAAUGUCCACCUGGAGCAGCUCAAGGAGAUGCUCCUCACGUACAACGAAUACAACAAGGAUCUCGGCUACGUGCAGGGCAUGUCCGAUCUUCUCGCCCCCAUAUACGCCGUGGUCCAAGACGACGCCAUUGCCUUUUGGGCAUUCAAGGAAUUCAUGGGCCGCAUGGAGCGGAACUUUUUGCGCGACCAGUCCGGCAUGCGCGGGCAGCUGAUGGCGCUCGACCAGCUCGUCAACUUUAUGGACCCGAAACUCUACAGCCACCUGCAAAAGGCAGACAGCACCAACUUUUUCUUCUUCUUCCGCAUGCUCCUGGUGUGGUACAAGCGCGAAUUCCCAUGGGCCGACAUCCUGAGCUUGUGGGAGCGUCUGUGGACUGAUUUCUUGAGUGCCGAGUUUCACGUUUUCGUGGCGCUCUCGAUUUUGGAGAAGCAUCGCGAUGUCAUCAUGGAGCAUCUCCAAGCUUUUGAUGAAGUUCUCAAGUACAUCAACGAGCUUUCUGGAACAAUGGAUCUGGACUCUACGCUCAUCCGCGCCGAGGCCCUGUUCCGCAAAUUCCAGCGUGCGUUGGAAGCCAUUGACAAGAAGGAAAACUUCCCGGCACCAAGGUUAUCGUCAGGAACUGCUCCGGAGCCCCCAAAGCCAGCUGCUGCUGGAUCCAAGGGAAAGGAUGCCGAGGCGGCCGCCAAGGUCAUCACGCCAGAGCUGCGCAAGCUGCUGAGCAGAAAGGUAGAAAUCCUGCCUCGCAAGACGGUGGCGCAGAAUGGAGAUGGCAUGCCUGGUAAAUAA